AAUUUUUGUUUAUUUCAAUCGCCUUUUUUUAUAUAUAGUUGCAUUUAUUAAUCGCAAUUAAGCCAUCAGUAUAUAAUGAAGAACAAGGGAAAAGGAGGAAAAACACGCCGUCGCGGAAAGAACGACACAGAGGGAGAGAAACGCGAGCUGAACUUUAAGGAUGACGAGCAGGAGUACGCAUAUGUGACAAAAAUGCUCGGGCACGGACACCUCCAAGCUACCAGCAUGACGGGAGAAAUCCUCCGCGUCAGCAUUCGCGGUAAGCUGCGCAAGAAGGUGUGGAUUACGCCUGGAAACCUUGUUCUGGUGUCUGCUCGUGAGUUUGAGACUGUCAAGGAGGACACAGUGAGGAACGUCGACCUUAUUCUCAAGUAUAACGAUGACGAAGAGGCGCAGCUUAAGCGGUAUGGGGAGAUCCCUGAUGUCAAGGUUCAGCGGGAUACGGAUGGUGGUGCGGAUGAUGGCGAUGAGGGCAAUAUUGAGUUUAACGAGGAUUACGAUUCGGAGAAUGGCGAUGAUGACGAUAGCGAUGUUGAGGUGUACCGCGACUAUGAUCUGACCAACAUCGACAUUGACGAUAUUUAAAUAUUUAAAUAUUUAUUUCAAAUAAAGGCAAUUUUUAGACUCGACGAUUUUUUAUACGAUA